AUGGAUCCUAUAUCGAGUCUGCACCCGUUACCUUCACUAUUUUAUAGAAAGUUCAAGGAUAUGUUGGGCAAUACAAUUGUUACAUUUGAUGCAAAUCACAAUCUCAUUGAGUUGAGGAUUGAAAAACUUAAUCACACAGCUUACAUUAUUAGGGGUUUGCAUAAGCUGAUGAAUUUUUAUGGUCUCUAUCGAGGUGGUUAUAUAAAACUCAGUUAUGCCUAUAAAGAAUACUUUCGUAUAAUCAAGAUCAGGGAUCAUAAUAUGGUUAAGAAGAGUUCUAUUUACACUGGUAUAAAGCUCCUUCUUUCUGAUAACUUUUAUCAUAAAGUUUUUUCUGAUGAAACCAGUCAUGAUAAACGAUAUAACUAUAAGCAUUUUGGCUCUUCGUCAAAAUAUAUCCCGGUUGACCUGAAUUUAGCUCCUGAAGUAGAAGAAGGAUCUACUAUUGUUCUUCGUUCAGAUCAAUCAAAAUUUUUCCCAAUCAAAGAUAAUAAUAUACACUUUCAUGCAGCAGUGUCAAAUGAAAGUGAUUUAAUUCAUUCUAAGCAAUCCAAUCUACCUUAUAUGGUUACAUAUUCGUGCGUGAUUACAGAUGAAGAUUUGCAUUCAUCAUAUUUGGGCCUUCCUACAGAGUUUGUUACAAAGGCUUUUCCUUCACAUCAUCACCAGGUUUGCGUUAUUGUACAAAGGCGUGGUUGUAGAUACACAAUGGGACUCUUUUCAUUAGUCAUGGUACUAGAAGACUAUCGAUUGACUCCCAAACUUGCAAGAGCCAGGCGAAUGAGCAUUUUAAGAAGCAAGAGGUUGAACCAUACUUUGAAUGUCAAUGAUGUUCUUAGAUAUAGUUUUUCUGAUUUUCUUGAUACAUCUCCAAAAGAUCAUUCACCUCAAGUCGUGCUUCCUCUCAAGAGAACUUCUUCAGCUGUUUCAAAUGACAGUAUUAGUCGCUUCAUAUCAACUGAGAAAGGUCAUUCAAGUUGUACAGGUCACCAAAUGUUUAAAGUGAAUUUUCAUGAUCCUGUGAAUUUGAGUUCUAAUAUCUCCAGCAGCCGAGAUAAGAAAAAAGUUACAUUAAAGGGAACAUGUUCCUCAACAAAAGCUAUCGUUAAUCCCUCUGAUAAUAUGAUGUCUGCUACAGCAACAUUCGUUGAUCCUACCAGCAUCAGAACUCCUUUGUUAGAUGUUACAAAUGUAGGUUGGAAUAAUAGCAACAGAUAUAAAUCAUGUACCCUUAGUAACACUAAUGCAAAUUUACAAAAGGAUAAAAGUCAUAAACCUACCUACGUUGAUGGUGUUGAUUAUCUGUUUUGCAACAAUAAAAUAAUAACCUCUUCAAGCAUGAAUAAUAAUUUGGAGAGUUGUAUUAUACAUAAUCACAAGAGAUUCACCAAGCAAAUAGAUACAAUUAUCAGAGAAGUAUGCAGAAGUAACAACGAGCUAUUUACAUCUUCUGUUCAUGACCAUGGACAGUCUUCUAAAAAUGCAAAUAAUGUAAUUCAUGAUUCCAAUGUAUCAGAUUUAUAUCAUCAUGAAGUUGUUGAUGUAUUCAAUGACAUUAAUUUAGAAAGUGAUUACUCUAUUGAUUUUCAAGACGACAAUGUCAUUGAUGAAAGUGCGACUGCAUACGAGAUUGACAGCUUAGUUAUUGAUGAAGAAGCUUUUUGGGAUGCGGGUGAUCCUUCUCAUACAUGUAUAUAUUGCAAAGCUUUGAUGUGGGAUCAUGAGAGACUUUCAAAGAGUAUCAAUAGUGUCACUCCUCAUUUUGGUUUGUGCUGUAUGGAUGGCAAAGUUGAGUUGCCCCUAAUGAAACAGGCCCCAGAUAAUCUAAAAGCAUUGUAUUUUUUGGACGAUGAAAUGGGCCGAUACUAUCAAAAAAACAUAAGGGCAUUUAAUGCAAUGUUUUCAUUCACAACAAUGGCUGGCAAGAUUAACCAUAAAAUUAACAAUGGUUCCGGUCCGCCGUCAUUUAUUUUGAGUGGCCAGAACUAUCACUCAAUCGGAAGUCUUAUUCCACAAGCAAAUGAAAAACCAAGAUUUGCACAGCUCUACAUUUAUGAUACGGAAAACGAGAUUCAUAACAGAAUUAGUGCUGUUCUCCCAGUAAGUUCGGUGGGUAAUCUUGAACAUGAUAUAGUUUGUAUGCUGAAAAAUAUGCUAGAUGAGCAUAAUGCUUUGGCACAGUCGUUCCGUUAUGCUCGGGAUAGAUUCACCGAGUCACAUUCUCUUGAUAUGAAGUUAAAACUGAUUAGGCGUAGGGAAAAAGAUGGUCGGCGAUACAACUUGCCUACUGCAUCAGAAGUUGCAGCAUUGGUAGUUGGUGACAUUGAUGAUUCUUUAUUGGACAGAGAUAUUAUAUUGGAAACCAAAUCAAAACAACUAAAGAAGAUUGAUGUUAUCCAUCCAUUGUAUUUGGCUUUGCAGUAUCCUCUUAUUUUUCCAUAUGGUGAGGAUGGAUAUAGAACAGGCAUCUUAGCAGCUUCUCGAUACAAUGUUGACGGUUCAAAGAAGAGGAAUACAAUAAGCAUGAGAGAAUUCUUUGCAUUUCGACUGCAAAUGAGGUCAUCUGAGUCACCAAUUCUGCUUAACUCACGUAGGUUGUUCCAACAGUUCUUGGUUGAUGCAUAUACUAUGGUAGAGUCUGAGCGUCUUAGUUUUCUUCGUUUCAACCAACCAAAGUUGAGGGUUGAAAAGUACAAGUUAUUGCAUGAGUCUUUAGUUAGAGGUGAAGCAGAUGCUGUUUCAAGUGGUCAAAGGAUAAUUCUCCCAAGCACUUUUACGUGUGGACCUAGAUACAUGUUUAAUAAUUGCAAGGAUGCAUUUGCUCUUUGCAAGCAUUUUGGUUAUCCAAGUUUUUUUGUCACCAUCACAUGCAAUCCUGAAUGGGAUGAGAUAAAGCGCUUAUUAAUUGGUACUGGCCUUAAAGCAGAAGAUCGUCCUGAUAUUACAUCAAGAGUCUUUAAGAUUAAGCUAAACAACUUAAUCAGAGAUUUUAAGUAUGGUGAUAUUUUUGGAAAGAUUUCUGGAUAUGUAUGCACUAUUGAAUUUCAGAAGAGGGGUCUUCCUCAUGCUCAUAUUUUGUUGUUCAUGCAUCCUCUUUCAAAACCUAGGUCUCCUGAUGAUAUAGAUAAGUUAAUAUCGGCACAAAUACCCGAUAAACGUCGAAGGCCUAAGUUAUAUGCUGCUGUUGAGAAAUUCAUGGUUCAUGGUCCAUGUGGCAAGUAUAACAAGAAUAGUCCUUGCAUGGUAAAUGGUUUGUGCUCCAAAUAUUUUCCCAAACAAUUUAGACAACGUACUGUUGUUGAUGAAGCUGGGUUCCCAAAGUAUUGUAGGCCAAAAAAUGGUCGCACCAUAAUAAAAAAGGGUGCAACUCUUGAUAACUCUUUUAUUGUCCCGUACAACCCAACUUUGUUAUUAAGGUAUGGUUGUCACAUUAAUGUUGAGCAUACUUGCCAAACUUCUGCCAUCAAAUAUUUAUUCAAGUAUGUUCACAAAGGAAAUGAUCGGGUUACUGCUUCAUUCUACCAGACAUCAGUUAAUGGUAAUGCUCCUCCUAUUGUGGAUGAGAUUAACAACUAUUAUGAUUGUAGAUACAUUUCUGCAUGUGAAGCUGCUUGGAGAUUAUAUGGUUAUGAUAUUCAAGUUAAGGAGCCUGCUGUUAUCAGACUUCCAUUUCACCUACCAGAUGAGAAUCCUGUUAUUUUCAAGGAAUACGAGGGUAUUCAGGAUGUCCUUAGUCGUGUUGAUGCGAAGUUCACUAAAUUACAAGCAUGGUUUGUUGUGAAUAAAUAUUUUCCAUUGGCUAGGUUAUUGACCUAUUGUGAGUUUCGACAGAAAUUUGUAUGGAAGGACGAUAUUUCAAUGUGGAUUCCAAGGAAACAAGGUUAUUCUAUUGGUAGGUUGACACAUGUUCCUAGAGGUAAUGGCGAGGAUUAUUAUCUUAGACUUCUUCUCAACAUUCAGAAAGGUUGCACCAGUUUUGAGGAAAUACGCACUGUUGAUGGUGUUACACACAACACUUUCAAAGAAGCAUGCUAUGCACUAGGUCUCUUGCAAGACGACAAAGAAUUUAUUGAUGCUAUUCUUGAAGCAAGUACUUGGGCUUCAGCCAACUAUGUUCGUGACCUUUUUGUCAUGCUUCUGAUAUCAAACAACAUAGCAUGUCCAGAUUUUGUUUUAGAAAGAUGUUAUAAAGAAUUAUCUGAGGAUAUUUUAUUUGAGCAAAGAAGAAUUCAUCAUGUUCAAGAUCUUCAUUUGUCUGACGAGCAUAUCAUGAACUUGACCCUUGCAAAAAUUGAAGACAAGAUGCAAGCUAAUGGAAGGUCUCUUAAAGAGUUUCCAGCGAUGCCCUACCCAUCAUUAGAUCUUUUUCAUGGUUUAGAAGAUCGCUUAUUGUUGGACGAGGUUAAUUUUGAUCGUUCUUUACUUAAGCAGCAAUAUAUGCAAUCUCUAAAGACCAUGACAGAUGAGCAACGAUCUGCAUUUGACACCAUUGUUGAUUCCGUAAACAAUGAUCGCGGCGGAUUUUUCUUUCUAUAUGGUUAUGGUGGUACUGGCAAGACGUUCAUCUGGAAUACUCUUUCUGCUUAUCUUAGAUGUGGUGGGAACAUUGUUCUUAAUGUUGCUUCAAGUGGCAUUGCUUCUUUACUACUUCCUAAUGGUCGUACUGCUCACUCAAGAUUUAAAAUACCGUUAAGCAUCAAUGAGGACUCUAUAUGCAACAUAAAGCCGGGAACACCUCUUUGUAAACUUAUUUGUAAAGCAAAGCUUAUUAUAUGGGAUGAGGCACCAAUGUUAAGUAAGUAUUGUUACGAAGCUCUUGACAAGUCUCUAAAAGACAUUCUUCGCUUUCAGCCAUCGUUUAAUCCAAACCUUCCAUUUGGUGGCAAAGUUGUUGUACUUGGCGGAGACUUCAGGCAAAUUCUUCCAGUAAUACCUAUGGGUUCACGGCAAGAUAUUGUGCAAGCAUGCAUUAGUUCAUCUUAUCUAUGGGAUUUUUGCACAGUUUUAAAGCUUUCAAAGAAUAUGAGGCUUACUGUUGGUGGUAUGGUUGAAGUUGAUGAUGAUACCAAAGCUAUUGCAGAUUGGUUAAUUCAAAUUGGGAAUGGAUUGGCAGGUGAUUCAACAGAUGGUGAGUCAGAAGUAGUCAUCCCUAAAGACAUACUUAUUGAUGAUACUGAUGAUGGGUUUCAGAAUUUAGUUACAUUUGUCUACACAGGGUUAUUGAUGAACUUGGAUAACAUUAAUUAUUUCAAGGAGCGCAUGAUUCUGGCACCCACUCUUGAAGUUGUCCAUGAGUUCAGACUCAUUAUGUGCUGA